AUGGACGAGCACCUGGUUGCAGCCCUCCCCAGCAAAUAUAUCUGUACACUGAAAGACAACGAGUCAGUGCGCGAGUAUGAAGGUAUGGAGAAUCCGGACCUGGAUCGGGAGUUCAAGGUCAAGGAAAAACAGGCGGCGCUUAUGGCCAUAAGGCGGAGCACGGCGCCAGGAAACGACAAUGUGACGGUGGGAUUGCUUGCCAAUCUUAAUCGGCAGGCGCUCGAAAAUCUCAAGCAAUACAUCAACGAGUGCUGGAGAAGUGGAAAGCUACCCAGAAUGUGGAAGACGGCUGACAGACUUCAACUUCCCGGCACGGGCUGGAACAAGUUUCAGUUUGCCACUGAACCAGGAGCCGUGUUUUCGGGCCUUUUUGAACUCCAGCAAGCCGAGUUAGAUCACCUGCUCAUGCCUAAAUUGGUGAAGUUUGAGCAGGUUGGUGAUGAAAUGGGAACAGUGCAUUGUUCCGUAUUUCUGAGGGGCAAGCUGCACCUAGAACGUCCUGUUUCAUCGCCAGAUGAGGCGCAGUCAGUGCUGAACAGCACACAUUCACUGGUUUUGUGUGCUGGUUGUGGAAUGAAAAUUAACAAGGUUGGAAAGUUUGUGUGCUUUGCUGGCUCAUACUAUUCUAAUGAGCGCAACCUUACAUGUGAAAACAAGGGCCCUUACAUGCAUUUCAAAUACCUAAGGACGUUGUUAAAAAAUCAGCUGUCACGACAGAAGCGUGGAGUUGCAGUGAAAUGCCUAAGGAAAUAUCCAAGAAAACGUCAUCGUCUGCACGCUGCACAGCUGAAGCUUCUGAACAUGAAGAAGGAGCUGGAGCUGAUGAGGGCUGCUAAUGAACAAAUUGGAGAUGAGGCAUUGAAUGACCGCAUUACCGCGCUACCACAAAAGCAACAGAUGGCUAUUAGGGCAUGCUUCUCUGCAGGAAAAAGAAAAUCAACAUGUGGUAUGCCGUAUGAGAAGGACUGGAUAUUAGAUUGUGUGCUUCUUCGUAUGAGGAGUCCGAAGCUGUAUGAACACCCUCGUAAGCAGAAAAUUCUCUUCCUCCCAAGUCGGACUUGUCUGCAGCGUUACGUACGCAACUUCAAAUGUGGCUUUGGUUUUAAUGACAGCGUCUUCAAAGCACUUGGUGCAAAGACUGAAAACAUGGCUGUAUUCUUAUUUGAUGAACUGAAAUUGUCCGACAGUUCGGUGUCAACACUGCAGGUUGUCAAUGCUCUGUUCGACACUUCGCCAGCAGGCACAAACAACAGUGCUGUCUUUGGCAUACAAGAUAUUGUCGAGGAUAUGCUAGAGGUAGAUGAACGAGACCGCGAAGAAAGUGCUUUCAUCACUCCAGAUGGCCUUCACGAACUCAGAGUAUUUCCAUCCGGCCUCUGUUUGGGGCCAGCAACUUUCCAGCGAAUUAUGGACACCGUUUUCUCUGGUCUGAAGUGA